AUGGUAUUUGCAUCGGACCUAACGUUUGGUCUGGCUCCAGUCGUACACCGCGGCGAGAUCAUGGGGAUCGACAAAAUGACAACAUUGACGAUGCCUCCCAUGCAUGUUGUUCUCGACGACUUUGGUGAAAUGGAGACCGACAACAACUCGAUCGUGGAAGCUACUACAGUUACGGAAGCGACCUUCUUUCUGAUCAAGUCCAAACCUUGCGAGGCUCGUCCUUCGAGCACCAAUCCGUUACCACGGACCAUUCGAACCGAGUGGACGAAACUCUUUCGUCUAACCGUGUCAGCUGCUACCGACGAAUUUGUCCGCCUCGGCAACGCUGUUGAUAUGAAGCGCUUCGCCAGGAAAACCGAUUGCGUCUCGUCCCUCGUCCACGACAAGACCCUUCUGCAAGACCGCGUGCUACUUCUCGAAGCACGCAUUGAUCACGACUCAGUCUAG